CAAAAAAAAAAGAAACAGAAGCUUCGCACGCCAUAUGUUUCCCCGAGUUGGACGGCUAGCUAAGCUAGCUAGCUUGCCGUCCAACUCGGGGAAACAUAUGGCGUAUAGCCUAGCUAGCUAAGCUAGCUUGGUCUCGCUAGCGGCCCGGCUAAAGACCUGCUUAACCAAACAGGUCCUUCCAGGUACCCUCGGAUGUUUAAAGCGAGCUAGGCUAACCGCUCGGCUUCCCAAAUGUUCGGCCCGGGGGCGGGGGGGGGGGACUGGGUCGUAGUUAGCCGGCGUUACGUGGGUGCCGAACUUAGUUUUCAUGGAACUUGCUAAGUUGGCUGAUGAGCCGCAUCUUACACGACAUUAAGCAUUUGCUGUAGCUCGCUAGCGUUAGCCCCCCCAGCUCUGACGUCAGCUAGCGUUAUUAGCCAACGCCUUCGUCGCUGCUGGGUUGUUUACAACAAAAGCUGGGGACGGUGUUGGCUCCGUCUCACAGGUUUGACAUGGCAGGGACACUCUUGGUGUGUCCCGGUGUUUGCUGCCAUGAUACUCAUCCUGGGUGAAGCUAUGGCCUGUGACUUAAAGUAUUAACGUUGACAGAUGUGCUCAUAACUUGUGAUUGUUUCGUCCCACCAAGUGCCCUGGGUGGGCUUUAUUAACGUGUGAUUGUGUUGUCCCACAAAGUGUCCCUUGCUAUGGCCGCUGAACGUGAUGAUGGCCUGCAAAGGGGAUCUCUUAAAUCCAGCUGGGGGAAACUCGUGGCUUUCUGCAACCCUGCCUGCACCUCGCUGCUGAACAGAACAUGAAGCAGGUGGAUUUUUUAAAUAAGGAAGAGUUAGCUAAAGACAGGUAUCUGGGCACAGCGAAACAAGUGUCUUUGUACACAAGGAAGAGGCAUCAAGUGGAAGCGUCAAGCUUAAAGGUCUGCUGCCAGUCGUCACGUGUAGGCUGGGCCUGUGACACCGGUAUGGCCAACAAAGAAAAUGAGUUGACAUGCUCUGAGGAUCUACGCAGUGUUUACUACAAUGACAACUGUGGGCUCCCUGUGAACUCUGUUGAGGCCUCCAAGAUGACAGGGGUUGGCUCCAAGUAUAGUGAUCACUUUACUGAGCUAUCAAAAGAUCAUGAAGCAAUGACUCAUGUACUUUUUGGAAGGAAUCUCCGGUUAAAUGUAGCUUUGACAUUAUGGCGACGAAAUGCCAGUGAAUUAGUGGCCUACCUAAUAAGAAUUGAAGAUAAAGGUGUGCUGCUUGACUGCCUACCUGUCUUAACAAAAAACCUUCAAGAUGAAGCACCGUGUGUAUCACUUGGCUGCUGCGUUGACCUUCUACCACAACUGAAAGUGGUUCUUGCCAGUAAAUAUGAAGAACACAUAAUUGUGGGUUUACAUUGGGUUCGGUCCGUCAUCAGGAAAUGGUGGCCAGAACUUUCUACAAAUGGCAAGAGCUUGCAAGACACUUGUUCAGAAGACAGAAAUAUUGAAAUCAUGAAACAGCGGUUAAAGGAUUUGUGGAAGGAAGGAACCCAGUUAUGUUUAGUUCCGGGAACUACAGGUGAAGUGGCAAAGGCCAUCGAGUCUUAUUUGUCACAACUGCCCUGACAAUGUGUAUGUAGCACUGAGGAUGUGACCACUACUGCCGGAACAUGGCUGUGUAUUGACUUGGUAAAGGUGCCAGAGAAAAGGACCUCAUAACUCUGCCACUGAAACCUUUUAUCAGUGGGACUGACCAAGUUGGCAAUGCAGGCAACUCCCUCAUUCAGAGCUUGAGACUAUUAAGGAGGGCAAGAAAAGCUUUUAUACAAGAAACAAGAAAUGACUGCUUCACAUUGAAGUGGAUCGUCUUUUGACGGGGUAUUCGACAGACCUUCGCGAAACUGGCUCUAAGUCACUUUAAGUGCCAAGCCCUCUUUGAACACUAUUUGACAUGAUGUGUGAAUGCGCUUGUGGAUGGAAAGGAUGCCCCUGUUCUAAAUCAUGCACCUGGGUUCUUCUGGAUCAAGAACUUGAAACUGCAGCAGUCUUAAGUUAUUAGUGCUGUUUUUUUUUGUUUUCAUUUUGCCUCUUCAUAUGACAUUUGACUGUAUAAUCACAAAAUCGUGGUUGUUUUAACCAACUUUAAAAUAAAA